CAUAACAAAAACUAGAAAGAGGGAACACUACAUUAAGUAAUAGGUAAGGCAAGACCACGUUCGCAUUCCAAUAAUAAUUUGAAUUGUAAUUUCCUCUUGGUCUUGGUGAUAAUAGAAGAUGAAGAAAACGCCUUGUUCCUCUUAUCAGAAGAACCACCUGAUUGGGUCCUUCCCAAGUCCAGGGGCACCAAACUACAGAGAGAAAGGCGCAGUGAUAAGUUCCCAAAAGGGAUGGAGCUCAGAGAGAGUAGCAAAAGCUUCAAGCAGCAGCAUAAGAAGACACACAAUGUCUGGUCUCACACCCUUCUUCAGCGCCGGCGGAAGAACAAUGCCUUCCAAAUGGGACGAAGCUGAGAGAUGGAUUUGUAGCCCAGUUUCUUCUUCUUCUGCUGACGUCAGACAACCUCAUCAGCGUAGACCCAAGUCCAUAAGCGGCCCAAUUGUUGAUCAUGGUCAACAAGGUCCUCAAGUGGCGGCUUGUUACUACUCCAAUAACCAUGCCUACUCACCUUCUUCUUCUUCUUCUUCUAUGGUUCCGAUUCGGCAGGGUUUGGUUGUGAGGAACUUGGUUGUUGGUUCACCGUUCUCCACCGGUGUGCUUGCACCGCUUGCUGUUUCUGUUCACCAUUAUGAUGAUGCUUAUCAUUUUGGGGAUGGAAUGGAUUCUUCUGGUAGUCCUCUGCUCCACGCUGCACCGCUCUGCCCUCAACACUCAUAUCACCCAUCGUCUCCUAUCUGCCAAGAUUUACUAGAUAAGAAUCACGAUGAGGAUGAGAUGAUGUUCUCAAAAUGUGACAAAGGAACACAAAUGAGCCCUGCAGAUGAAACAGAGAGUGAUCUGCAUUCAUCUCCAGAAUCUUGCACCGGUUCAGCCAUGGUUCAACCGGGUUGCCAUUCCCCUAAGCUUGAGGUCAGAGAUGUGCAGGUUGAUAGCCAAGCUACUCUUAUCAGGGGAUCCAAAAGGCACGCAACGAAAUCUCUGAGUAGCCACAAAGAGUUCAGAGAAAAUAGUACUGAAACCAGCCAAUUUUCGCCUUGGGAUAUUGAAGACUCAGCCUCAGACAUUUCCAAGUUAAAGAGAGAGGAAGCCAAAAUCAUUGCGUGGGAGAAUUUGCAGAAAGCAAAGGCCGAAGCCGCAAUACGCAAACUUGAGAUGAAAUUGGAGAAGAAGCGAUCAUCAUCAAUGGAUAAGAUUCUAAGCAAGUUGAGAAAGGCAGAGACAAAAGCUGAAAAUAUGAGAAGCUCGAUCCCUGAACAACAAGAAAACCGGACUUCCAAGAACUGCAAAGUGUUUUCAUUCCCGAUAUGGUCCCCAAUCAGCUGCUUCAGCACUCAUGCUGUUGCUGACUGAACCACUCAAGUCAUUAUGAUUUUGACCCUUCUAGUACUAGUGUGCUACACUCUUGUCUUAAUUCAUGCCGUUUCAUGCAUUUGUAUAUACCACACUUGUUUAUGGGACAUACUAUAUAUUCGCCUUUUUUUAUUUUUUUCUCAUUCUUUUUUUCUAUG